GACUAGAUACAGGGGGUGUCUCACAUUACCCCGUUCUCCCCUAUGAUGAUUAUAAAGUAUCGAGACGAUAUAGAUAUGUUUGUUUAAGGCUAUAGUUUAAAAUACGAUAAUUAUAUUAAUCGUUGUUCAUUGCUUGUCUUAUUUUUUCCAUCUAGAGCGACAUAAGAAGGCUUUUCUCUCAGAAGUGCGCAAAAACGCUUCCAUUUUUCCGGCUAAAACGACCAGAACUAGCCUACAUAGCGUGAAGAGUCCACGAAGAUUGUUUAUUUUCCGUUGUUACCAUAAAAAAGACCCACAAACAGAGCCAGCAAAUGAAGUUAAUACGCAAUAUUCACGGUUUGUUUAUGCUUUAUUUUAGCAGGAGCAGCACAUGGAGAAGACAUUGUGACUAGCAAUGCUCUCUCUUUAAUCCGUCAGUAGAGACUCGGAGCUCUUGGACUGCAGCCAUGAGGAACCUGCUGACCACAAACGAGCAGAACUUCUACCGUGAGCUCAUCCUGAAGGAGGCUUACACACGCCUGGCCUGGAAGGUGAAAUACAGUAAGGAAUACCCUAGCAUUUUUACUUCUCGCAGACCCAAAUCCAUCGGGCUUUUUAAUCCUCCACCUGUCGAUAAACUAAUUUUACCACCUGUUGUGGAACCGCGGGAAAAGCAGCGCGCGGCUCACGCGCAGAUACAGGUGCGGCGGUCCCUCAGUGAGGCUCCUCUUAUGAGACCCGUGAGCCCGCAGACCUCAGGGGCUCUUUAUCAGGGAAUCUCCACUGAGGGCAAAGGACGACUCCUGUAUCUGAGGAAAAGGGCUCAAAAGGGGCCCGAGGAGAAGUUUGACUACCCCAUACUCUCCUCCUGGGAGUAUGGAUGGAGACUAGGUGACUUUGAGACUGACUGCCGGACUCCAGCCAAUGGGAGAUCAGGGGUGGUAAAGAGUGCUUUCUACGCCAGGAAUGGUAUUUUUAAUAUUCCCGCAGCCACUGAUCAACUCGGAUAAAACAUUAUUACGUUUUUUUUACUUGAAAAUAUGGUAUUUUCUGUACAAACCUGAAACUCUUGGAGUCUGAAGCAUUUGCUGAAGUUUAUCAUUUAUUUUAUUAGUAAAUGUUAUUUUUAUUUAAUUGACCAUGUAUAAAUAAAUAUCUAAUUAUUAUUGUUCCAAUGGCAAAAAUCAUUAUUAGAAGUCAGCUGACAGAACAUGUGUUGUAAAAACAUAUCAGUGUAAACUAGGGCUGUGCAAUAUAACGAUCUAUAUUGUAUUGACAAAAUAAAAAAGUAGUUUCAUGUUA